GUCUUCCUGCUCACGCUGCAUCCGAGCGAAGCUUGCUUGCUAGUCCUGCUGGAUGUCCAGACAGUUGACUAGAAGACGGAUUUCGAGCUGAUACGUUUUGAAUGAUAAGGAUGUGGGCGUGCUGACCCUGUUGUGGGUAAAGGGAGUAUUCGGGCUGACCGGUUGCUUGCGUCUGAUUGGCUGUUUCAGGAUGUGGGCGUGCUGACCCUGCUGUGGGCGGGGCCGGCCAUGCGUUAGUGCGCCGGCGAACGCGGACCCCUGGUCUGUCGCCAUGGCGAUGGCGGUGAACGCGGCGGCGGAGGCGGAGAAGGCGCGGGCGCUCCUGCAGACCUUCAGCUCGGCGUCGGUGGCAGCCAGCGUGGGCCUGGGCGUCUUCUGCUUCUGCGCCGACCGCCUGCUGCAGCUGUCACUCAUCCAGAGCCACCUAUGGCUGCGUGCUGCCGCCGACAACGCGGUCCACGCUGCCAUCGCGCUCUGGGCCUGGGCCAUCGUCAUCGGCCUGAGGAAGAGGAGCGACCUGUGCGAGGUGGCGCUGGCCGGCUUCUUCGCCUCUGUCAUCGACCUGGAUCACUUCUACCUGGCCGGCUCGCUGUCACUCAAGGCGGCUGUCAGCCUGCCCCACCGCCCCCCACUGCACUGCUCCACGCUGAUCCCGGUGCUCUGCCUGUCGCUGAGGCUGCUCAUGUGGCUGUUCCGGCUGAAGGACUCCUGGUGCUUCCUCCCCUGGAUGCUCUUCAUCGCGCUGGCGUCCCACCACGUGCGGGAUGGGGUGCGGCACGGCCUGUGGGUGUGGCCCCUGGGGAACACCGCACCCGUGCCCUACUGGCUGUACGUGGGCAUCAGCGCCACCCUGCCCCACCUCUGCUCCGUGCUCAUGUACCUGACGGGCACCAGAGACGUGAUCUCCACCAAACACGGCGUCGCCAUCGACGUCUGACCCCCCCCCCCCCCCCCACCGUGCUGUGC